AUGAGGGACAACAUCCUGUCGGAUAAGCGGUAUUCCAUCUCCGUCCUGUACCGCAGCGUCCGCUUGCCUCAUCUUCGGGCAAACCGCCGUGUAUAUUCGCCUCACAAAUCCGACGGGAGUGCUAAAAAGGGUAAGGCGACACGUUCUGGCUUUGCGAGAUCCAGCUGUGUCACAAACGCCGGUAAAUAUCAUCAGAGACGCGGAAGGGGUGGAUAA